CUCAAUAAGCCCUAAUCCCGUCUAUACAAGAAUCAGAUUCUACGGCUCCUAACCCACUCACUCUCUAAUAAAAAAGCCGGGAGAAGGAAUCCAGAUUUUCUACAUGAUCUCCUUCAUCUUCCCCAUCUUUUAAUCCAUUCCUCCCACCUUUUAUCACCAAUUUCCUAUCUUUCUUCCUCUUCAAUCCAUCAUCUUCUUCUUCUUCUUCAUGCCACCUUUCUAUUGUAUGAUCAUGAAGAUCAACAUCGAUUGCGCCGGCUGUUACCGCAAAAUUCGAGAAGCUCUUCUCAAGAUAGAAGAGUUGGAGAGCCACUUGAUAGAGAGGAAGCUGGGAAGAGUAAGUGUCUGCGGAGAGUUCGUUCCACAGUUUGUGGCGAUAAGGUUAAGAAAGAUGAUCAAUCGCCGCGUCGAGAUUUUGGAGAUUAAAGAAGCGGUUGUUGGGAGCAGAGAAACAGCCGGUAAUGGAGGACAUCACGGUGGGGAGGGUGGUGGCGGCGGUAGACAAAGGGUGAUGGUCGCGGCGGCUGCUUGUAAUAAAUGACGCUUAAAAUUUGUAAGACGGUGAUUUAAUUUAUAUGAAUAUACCAUGAUUUAAGUUUCUUUUGCAACGAGAGAUUAUUCUGUGCAGAUGUUGAAUGCAGUUCAUCAUUCGGAGACUGAUUAAAAUAUCCCAGGCUAGUGGUAUUGAGUCGAGUACCGAGUGGUACCGAACCGUGAGUACCGAGCCGUGGUACCAAGCAGUAUCGAGCCGCGGUACCGAGCAUGAGGUGAUGUGGCGAUUCUGAUUAGUCUCCGAACGACAUUCAGCAUCCGCGCAGAAUAAUUUCAUGUUUGGAACAACUUUUUUGUUGUUUUAUGAAAUAAAAUUUUAGUUCAAUUUUUUUCUUUUCAAUUUAAAAAUUUUUAUCCUAAAAAGAUAUUUCAUAAAACAGUAAGAAAGCUCUUCCAAACAAAACUUGAAUGGGAGGCAAUGUGUAGAAACUGUGUAAAAGAAUUUCUAUUCGAUGCCAUAUUUUUUUUUU